UUUUGUGAUGGGGUGGAAAAUGGCGGCUGUUCGGAGACCGUAUUAACUUUAUACAUAUGCCAAUAAUACCAGGAGCAAGAAUGUACGCCCUUUUCUCGCAGGUUAUAAGAAAUAUCUGAAUGUAUUUUAUUACGACUUCAAGUCAUGUUGAGUUUGCUAUCGUAAGUAGGACGCCUUCCAAAAAGCAAACAUUUAGCUGGACACGACUUGGAAAGGAGAAGGCGAGGAACAAUGCUCGAGUAGUCAGACAGUCUGGAUGCUAUGAUAAUUAUGGACUUGAGGGCACUUCCUAGAUAAAGUGAAAGCCACAAAGUGCUCUGUAAAUGUUCACUUCCAGUCAGUGUAGGACUGUAGUUUACCUCUUUAAAUGAUUCGGGGCCCUACAUUAACCUUCCCAUAUUCCACUGAUUUAUUAAACGUGUGAAGUCAGUGAAUGUAAAGGAACGUUAGAGUAGGAGCAAUUAACGUUAACCUAGAUGGGAUUUAGAGCCCUGCAAAGACACAAAAGAGCUCGUUGUCAUCUCAGUUCACGUUAGUUAAACUCUCUUUCGUUCCGUAACUUAAGGUCUGUACGCGGACUUGUAAAGACCGUGAACACACGCCUUCCUGCUGCUUGUUUACUAUCCUGUGGAGCCAUGUGCCGCCCAGGUACCGCUUAGUUCUAGUCUGAUGGGUUUACAUUAAUACUCUGCGUCGUCGUUAAAUACUUGCUUUUUGUUGGACAAAGCUCGGUUUUCCAGUGAUAAUGGAUGAUUCCAAGCCACGAUGCAGCAAAAGGCUGCGGGCUGGUACCCGGCGACGUUACCAUGACGAUGGCAUCUCAGAUGAGGAGAUCGAUGGAAGGAGGAUGUUUGACCUUGAGGAAAAAGUCAACAGUCAGAGGUUCAGCUCUGACCGGGUCAUUCGCAUGGAGGGAAGAGAUUUGACAUAUGAGUUCAUCCAGCGAGGCGGUCUGCGGGACCCAAUCAUCUUUGAGAAGUCUGAUGGACUGGGAAUCAAGAUGCCUGAUCCUGACUUUAGUGUCAAUAACGUCAAGAUGUUUGUUGGUAGCAGACGUAUGAUAGAUGUGAUGGAUGUGAGCACUCAGAAGGGGACAGAGAUGUCCAUGGCCCAGUGGACACGUUACUAUGAGACCCCUCCAUCUCAAAGAGAGAAGCUCUAUAAUGUCAUCAGCCUGGAGUUCAGCCACACCAAGCUGGAGAACCUGGUCAAGAGACCUACCACAGUGGAUCUAAUAGACUGGGUGGACAACAUGUGGCCUCGUCACCUGAAAGAGAGACAAAGAGACUCAACAAACUCUAUCAACGACAUGCAGUAUCCCAAAGUACAGAAAUACUGUCUGAUGAGUGUCGAGGGCUGCUACACAGACUUUCACAUUGACUUUGGAGGGACCUCAGUGUGGUAUCACAUACUAAGAGGGAGCAAGGUGUUCUGGCUAAUCCCUCCCACCCCUCAGAACCUGGAGCUGUAUGAGAACUGGGUGCUGUCAGGGAAACAGGGAGACGUUUUCCUGGGAGACCGAGCAUCUGACUGCCAGAGGAUUGAACUGAAGCAGGGCUGCACCUUCAUUAUACCCUCAGGUUGGAUUCAUGCUGUCUACACCCCUGUGGACUCUAUGGUGUUUGGAGGAAACUUCCUGCACAGCUUCAACAUCCCUAUGCAACUUAACAUCUGUAAUAUAGAGGACCGAACGCGGGUCCCAGUAAAGUUUCGUUAUCCCUUCUACUACGAGAUGUGCUGGUAUGUGUUGGAGCGUUAUGUCUUCAGCCUGACCAAGACCUCCUACCUCACACCAGAGUUUCAGAAACACUCAUUGGGCAUUGGUCUCAAGAAGCCGUCUGGCUCAGAUCCAGCUAGUGAGCAGGAGAAGGAGGGGGUGAGUGGUGGCAGUGAAGAAGAGGCUUCAGAGCGGCAGUGUGACAAGUCUGCAGCUAAAACUCAUCUGACUCCCCUUGAGCUGGAGGGGCUACGGAACCUGCUGGGUAAACUGGAGGCUCUGCCCUCCAACAAGAAGUGCGUUCCAGCAGGGAUACAUAAUGCCCCGGCACUCAUUACGCACAUCAAGGUAAUACUGAAAGAACACACCAAUGACAAUCCCAAAUUUUCCUACACAGGAAAACCCAUCGUUAAGUGGCCAAAGAGGCCCUCAUGGUACCAGCCGCCUCCGCCUCCACCACCUCCACCUCGUCCUAAACUGGCCUCCACACCCAUCAUUCCAAGACCACAGAAACCAGCUUCCUCAAUGUCUGUGCUGAGACGGCGCAGGGUCAGGUGUAAGCGCUGUGAAGCCUGUAUGAGACCAGAGUGUGGAGACUGUAACUUCUGCAGAGACAUGAAGAAGUUCGGAGGACCAGGGAAACUCAAGCAGACCUGUGUGCUACGACAGUGUCUCUCUCCGGGCCUUCCCCUGUCUGCAGUGUGUGAGAUCUGCAAGGAACCCAAUCAGGAGGAAAGUGGAGACCCCUCUCUCACUCUGAUGGAGUGUUCCAACUGUGCGCAGAUAGUUCAUCCUGCCUGCCUCACGGUUCAGGGUGAAGGACUGGUGAAUAAAGACCUGCCCAGUUGUUGGGAGUGCCCAAAGUGUGUCCAAGGAAUCACUGACCCAGAGUCAUCAGGCAGCGAUGAAUCGUUGGCUGCCAGUCACCAGCAGCACAUCCGUCCCCAUGGCCCCCUGGUCCUCAGGCUGGGCCCCGGGCCCUCUGCUACCAUAGGGGGUCCUGUGGGCUCCCAGCAGGAUGGGGAGGUGAUUCGCUGUGGCUUCUUCCCUCCUCCUCUUCCUUCCUGCUCUUCCUCCUCCUCAGCAUCACUUCUAUUGGUGGCGGCCCCUCUGCCUUCUCAGCCAAUCAGCUCGAGACUGCAAUCUAAAGGUGACAAAGGUGAAGGCCAUGCAGUGAAGCGCAAAUCUUCCUCCCUCCUGGAUGCUCGUAUGGCUAAGAUUUACCGACGGCAGAGACACAGCCACGAUGGAGAUGACUCUGCCAGUGAUGACGAUGAUGAAGCCUCUCAGAGACGAAAGAUGGCACUCCAUGCUCGAGGGGGGAGCCACACUUCCAGGAGGGGGUUUGGUGCCAACAGGAGAGGCCUGUUGAGAGGAGGCCUAGCCCAGAGAGGAAGCAGAGGAGGGCUCAUGACUCCUGGCUCCUCCUCCAUCCUCAAGCUAAAGCGAGGGAUGGGCAUGAGGGAGAGUGGACGAAGGGGACGGGGGGUGAGGCUGCGGGGAGGCUCCAGAAUGCAGCGAAGAGGAGACGAGUCAGAGGAGUCAGACGAUGACGAUGACGAAGAGGAGGACGAAGAAGAGGAAGAGGACAGCGAAGAUGGAGACAAAGAACGACGGCAUCGUCAACGUAGGAGGAGGCGCAGGACUGACGAUGAUGAAGAUGAAGAUGAGGACAGUGAGGGGCAGGAGUUUGAUCCUGAAGAGGAGGAGAUGGACACGUUGGAAGAUGAAGAAGAGGAAGAGGAGGAGGAGGAGGUGGAAGAGGAAGGGCGGUGGGAUUCAGACCCAGAACCCCCGGUCCUCCUAGUGUCUGAUCUCAAUGACGACCUGCUAAGUGGUUCCUACCUGACUGUCACCCUACAGCGUCCCCACAAGGCCAAGAGACAAUCUGGCUCCAUAGUUCCAAAGCUAGAAGCAGCCAUGGGUCCGAGGACAGCUGCAGUGGGUGCUGUUGGUCAGCAUGGCUUCAUCCAGAGAAAGACAACACUGUCCAAACCUUCUCGACUCAAGACCACUGAUACCGCAGCUGACAGCGUAACCUCAAGAGGACCCGGCAGUGUGUCCAGGAACAUCCCAGAACAGUGUAACGUAGGCAUGAACCAAAGUCCACAUAUCAGGCCCCCGGCCUUCCUGCAAAUAACCCAAGGUUUGCUGGCAGAUCAGCUCGAGCCUGAGUAUUGUGCAGCCUGGAAGUCACAAUAUCUGGGGAAUGUCUUCUUCCACCACUUCAGGCCGCGUCUGCGGGGUAACAAUGGCGACAGAGGCACUAGAGAUCGCUCUGCAUCAUCUUCAGAGGAACAAGAGGCUGCUACUCCUCCUACAUCCUCCUCCCUGUCUCCUCCGUCCUUGCUGUCUCUGCCGUCCUUUAAGGAUGUGGGUAAUGAGAGAGGAGGGGAGAAGGAGGUUUGGGUGUCUGUGUUCAGAUACCUGAGCAGAGCCGAGCUGCUGGCCUGCAUGACCGUCUGUAAAGCCUGGUACAAGUGGAGCUGUGACAAGCGUCUGUGGAGCCACGUGGAUGUGAGUCGGUGUAGCCCGCUCAGUAACCAGGCCCUUGCGGGCAUUAUCAAACGGCAGCCCACCUCUCUGGACCUGUCCUGGACCCCCCUAGCCAAGAGACAGCUCAACUGUCUACUCACCAGGCUCCCAGGUCUGAGGGAGUUGAGGGUUACGGGUCUUUCCUGGUCCUGUCUGUCAUCGCUGGUCUCUCCAGCUCUACCCUACCUGCGGCUUCUGGACAUGCGCUGGUGUGAAGGCCUUAAAGACAGCCAGAUUAAAGAAAUCAUCACCCCACCUGGUUCAGAGUCAUCUCGCAGCAGACUAAGAAACAUGGUGACACUGCGUCUGUCUGGUCUGGACAUCAGUGAGUCCACUCUGAGGUUGCUGCAGCGGCACAUGCCUCAGCUGGAGAGGCUGGACCUGGCUCACUGCAAGGACAUAACAGACUCGUCCAUCGCCCUGCUGGCAGCAGCCGGGACUCACACCCGCAACAACCUCACUGAGCUCACACUGGCAGGCUGUAGUGAGCUGACAGACGGCUGUCUGUUGUACCUGAAGCGUCUCUCCUCUCUGACUCUGCUGGACCUCAGAGGCUGUAAGAGCAUCAGCAGACAAGCCUGUGAUGCCUUCAUCUCUGAUCUGUCCCAUUUCGCCCUCUACUGUAUGAUGGAGGAGAAGCUCAUCCAGCGCCUGGACUAAAACAAACAUCUUUGCAUGGUCCGUUGUAGGACAGGAGAAUAGAUGCUUUGUCAACUUUUUUUUUUGUAUAUUCACAGCCUUUUGUGUGUCUUGUUCUCCAAAAUGUGAAGAGCAACAAACCUGCAGUUAGCUGACAGAAACAUUAAACCUGACCUGAUUGACAGUUCUGCCAGUCCUUUGUCACCCAAACUAAAUGGCUUCUAAAAUCAGUUUCUUCUGGUACAACCUGUAAACAAAGACCUAUUUGGAGUUGUUGGAAGGUGUAUUUUUUUUCACUGUUGUUGAUGGGGCUACGCUAGCAGUUUCUCUUUGCCUGGUCUUUGUUCUAAGCUAGGCUAAAGACUCAAACUUGAUUAAUAUUUCUAUCUGGAAAAACUACAAAUAAGCAUUUUUUAAAAAUGGCAGAAUAUUCAUUUAGAAAGUCUUAAAUCAGUGACUCCAGAGACUUGUCACUCCUCGAAGGUUCAACCUGUUCUUCAGAUCUUCUAUCAUUAGUAGAAUGUACACGAUUUUUAUCCAGAUGCCUGGCUAAAUAUGAAACCACCUUUACUGUAUGCAGAAUUGGAGCAAAACUUGUGUUAAUUAUUUUUGGGAGAAAAAAUAUACAGAAAAAUAGAAAAAUUAACCUAUUUUUGUUUACUAAGCUUAACCAAAGUGGCAGUUAUGGUAUAUUCUGUGUGUGUACAGUGAAUUCCAUGUAUAUAUGUGUUUACUUUUUAUGUUUCAGCCACAUUAAGAAUCUAUCAGGCAUUUGACAUUGUACUUGUACAUUUUUUCUAACAUAGUGUGAAAACUUAAUAAAAUUUGAAUUGUUUAAUUUUC